AUGGUUUAUUUAUCAACUCAAACCUUCCUUUUUUCAGUUCCUCGGAUCCGUGUUAAGAAAGGAAAUGAGAAAAAGAUCAUCGAGGUGACUAGCGGGAAGGAUGUUAAACUUAUUUGCCAGAUCAGAACCAGUGGUCAAAACCCAAAACCACGAUAUUACUGGCUCAAAGACAAUCAGACGAUCACUCCAUCGGAUCAUCCUCGUAUGAGGUUAAAACCCCUUAAAUACCUAAAAAUUAAAAAAGCAGAGAAAGAGGACGCUGGCUUCUACACCUGUGUCGCGGUAAAUGAUUGUGGCGAGAAUUCUUAUACAAUGCAGCUAUUUGUCAGAAGUCCAACGAUGGAUCCCAACAAAAAUACAACAGGAGUUGCUCCAAUAUUCACAGUGCGGCAAUACAAGAGGAAGCGUAACCUUCUUGCAGUACCCGUUGGCAACUCUGUAAAGCUGGACUGUUCUGCCGAUGGAAACCCACGUCCUAUUGUGAAAUGGUACAAAGAUGGAAAGUUGUUUAAGGAAAGGAAAGGUGGCAGCAAAGUCUAUUUGAGUGCAUGGACAACCGUGUUGAGUCUGAAGGACUUGGUUCCCUCUGACACUGGGUCAUACAGGUGUAAUGUGAGCAACUCAUACGGGUGGAUUAAUCAUACAUACAAAGUAGAUGUUCAUGAACGAGCUCGUGCUGAACCAGUUAUUCUUCCCAUGGAAAAUGUCACGGUCCAU